GCAAGCUGAGGUGUGAAUAACCCAGCCACUUCUCCAAAACUAUGGGUAUUCAGAGAAAAUAUUCAACUGCAGAGGUCAUUAUUGUAAAAGAAUAAUCAAAUCCGAGAGACCUAGAUUUCUGUCCUCUGUUCACUUCUCAUUGGUUGAAUCAUGGAAGAGGAAAGAAAAAUGUUUUAUGUGGUUUUCACUUUCUCUCUCUUCACUCACUGGCAUCACCACCACCACCUCCUCCUCCACUCCCAGCAGCACUUGUAGAGGGAGAGACAGAGACAGAUUUUUGAGAGAGUGAGAGAGAGAGAGAAGUUGGCUUUUCUUCUUGUUCUGAGUUUCCAGUCUGAUAUUCUUUUUUUUUUUUUUUCAAUUGUUAUUUUACUGAUUUAUUUUGUUGUUAUCUUCUUCAGCUGGGUGGUUCAGAUUCACAAGUGGGAAACUGGGUUGUUAUCAGAUUUGAUGGUUGUUCGUGUUUAUGAGGAAAAUUGUCGCGGUUCAAAAGGAAAUCUUCAAAAACCAAGCUUCGUUCUUCAAUAAUUCAAGCUUUCAUGGAAGAGAAUUGAAGAAAAAAAGAGAGAAGCAAAUGGAGUCAGAUCUUCAACGACAUCAUCAUAAUUUUAACGAACAUCAAGCCCAACAUCAGCAAAACCAGAUGAACUCCGGCUUGACGCGGUACCGGUCGGCCCCAAGUUCGUACUUUUCAAACAUAAUGGACAGAGAAUUCUGCGAACAAUUCUUCAGCCGGCCUACGAGCCCCGAAACAGAGCAAAUCUUCGCUCGGUUUAUGUCCGGUGGCAGCGGCGGCGGCGGUGGUGCUGCUGCCGAUGGAGGCACAGAAGAUGAUGCAUCAGAAGUGAGUGCAAAAGAGGGUAAUAGCCAGCCAACGCAGUUUAUGCAAUCAAUACAUAACGAAGCAGCAAGAGUUCUUCAGCAGCAGAGCAACUAUGGCUCUACUUCUCAGAGUUUUUACCAAACUCCAUCGAGACUGCCUUUGCCGAAUCAGGGCUUGAAUUCAAUGGGGAUGGAUCCAUUGACGCAGAUGAAGUCCGGCGGUGGUGGUAAUAGUUCCAGCCUUAUUCGGCAUAGUAGCUCGCCUGCCGGAUUGUUCUCCCACAUCAAUGUUGAAAACAGCUAUGCUGCAAUGAGAGGCAUGGGAAAUUUUGGAGGCGGUAAGAGCACUAAGGAAGAAGCAUCUUUUUCUUCUGUAAGCAGGUUGAAGAAUUACUCAGCAGGGCCUCCUUCUUCAGCAGGGGUAAUGAGUCCAAUAGCUGAAAUCGAGGACAAAAACAUGGCAGCAAACAAUCCAGACAGUGGAGUUUUUGGUGAAAGCCGUGGUGACAACUAUGUCACAGGUUUCUCAAUGGGUUCUUGGGAUGACACGGCGAUGAUUUCAGAUAAUAUCACAGCUGGUCUUAAAUCACUUGUAGAUGAUGAUGAAAAGCCAUUUUCCAAUAUAAACAUGUCAGAAACUCAGAAUAUGGAGUCUGGAAAUCGCCCUCCUACUGUUUUGGCUCACCACAUGAGUUUGCCAAAAACUGCAGCAGAGAUGGUUGCCAUUGAAAAGUUUUUGCAGCUCCAAGAUUCUGUACCUUGUAAGAUUCGAGCUAAGCGGGGCUGUGCCACUCACCCGCGAAGCAUCGCCGAGAGGGUUAGAAGAACCAGAAUCAGUGAAAGGAUGAGGAAGCUGCAAGAUCUUGUACCCAACAUGGACAAGCAAACAAACACAGCAGACAUGCUAGAUUUAGCAGUUGAGUACAUUAAAGACCUUCAAAAACAAGUCCAGACACUUUCCAAUAACCGAUCAAGGUGUACGUGUUCAAACAAGCAGCAGCAAUAGCACAAAAGGCCUGUCUCUCUGUCUGUCUGUGUGUCUGACUUGCUUUUUGUACACCACCAUGAGAAUGUGGAAAGAAGAUAGAAAGCUAAUCUUAGCUGGGUUCUAUUUUGCACUGAAAAAGUAGCAUGUAGUUUACUAUGAAAUGUGUGGGUGUAAAGGGUUAAAAGGCUACUGAUAGUUAACUGUAAAAGAUCCACACCUAUUGAUGCCAUUAUAGAAAGCAAAUCUGUACAGUUAAUUUUUCUA